UCAACCUUCAACGACACUGUAGAACUUCACUUUUCGGAACAGUUUUCUCCAGCGUCGAACACAUCAGCAACUACAAUGAAAACUAUAACAAUGUUAAAAGUAAUUGGUUUUGCAGUGUUACUUCAUUGUAUUGAAAGCGUACCAAUACCAGAAUCAACUACAGACAAUGAACUGUUGCGUUUUGAUGAGGAAACAGAAAUGAAUAUUUGUAAAAACAAUUUUCUACUUAUGCUGUCCGUCCUCUGUGACAAUAAAUACUUUGAUGGGACCGAUGAGCUUUACCGUAAAAGAAAAAGCGAAAUUUAUAAUUUAAGUUACGAAUGCUGUAUUUAUGAAUGUGAACUUGACGAAAUAAGAUAUAUCUGUGCGGAUCAAAGUGCCACCGAUGAGCAUUUGUUUAUUGUCAGAAACACUACUAUGGAAAAUGGAAUGGAUACGCCCACAUUUUCACCAGUUAAUACUACAAAUGGUACUAUAGAUACGAAAACUGUCAAUGAAGAAAUGUCCGACCGUCCGAAUCAUGAAUUCAGUGAACCCAUAGCAAAUGCAACUGACAUAAAUACCACAUCUUUUUCAGACUGUAUUUGAUACUUAAUUCAUAUGUUAAUGAAGAAGAAAACAUGCAACCCCUACACGGCCCAAUAAAACUCAAUAUUCUAUAUUCUAUACAAAAUAAA